GGUGAUUGUUGGGGAGUUUGAGAGAGUGUUUAUAAAGAAAGAAUCAGCACGAGAGUGAAGGAAAGAGGAUAUUAAGACAUAUCGUUUGCUUUUGGGAUCAUAUGAUAAUACUCUAUUUCAGACGGAUAAAUUAAACAGGAAUCAUGCUGGUGUGUGGACGUGCUCUCAUUCUUCUCCUCAUCACCAACUUGCUCAACCACUCUUUUGUGACAUCAUCUCAGAAUGCCACUCGACCACGUUUCCGCCCGUCUGGAGGCUCGAUGGAUUACUAUGAGGACAUCUCCAUUGAACCUCCGAGCUCAUCUCCCACUGAGUCUGAAUAUACUGAACGUAGUGAAUGUCUCUACGACAUGUGCAUGGAGCAGCAGGGAACCUGCAGAGAUCUAGCAGUCGCAACAGGCUGCCUUUGCCCUGGCCUGAGUGGAUCUCAUAUUCCCCCAAGUCCACCACGCAUCGCGAAGGUAAUUCAAGAGGAUGCCAAAGUGGUUGAGGUACACUGGUGCGCUCCAACCUCCAUAGUAACCCAUUACAUUGUUUCGGUGGAAGGCAAAGAUAAAGUGAUGGAGAGGAACCUAAAGGUGAAAGACAAGAAGAGAGCGGCUGUAUUGGUGGACGUGUCGGCCGGUGAGCUUGUUUGUGUGGAGGCUGUGAAUACGGCUGGCGCUAGUGAAAAGAAUAGCGAAUCAUGUAUUACAUAUGAACCCCAAACUUCAGACUCUGGACUUGCAUUGAAGCUGGAGAUAAUAGGGGGUGUGGUGGGUCUUUUGGUGGUGUUGAUUGUAGCAGUACUGCUGUGGAGACACAAAAAACAUCAGAGAUCAACUGCACGGAGAGAGAACUCAGAGGGAGUUUUCUGAAAGACAGAAGUAUAUACAGACUAUGUGAGUGGCCAAAUAUGUCCAUUUUAUCACAGAAGACAUGAGGAUCAGUAGAUGUAUACAACACAUAAGUGUAAAGAGGAUGCGAGUGUAUGAAUGAUUCAACGAACAGGGACAAAAAGGAGAGGGGUGUAGAAAAGGUUGGUUAGUGACUCAGCACAUUCCUCUCAUACGGGAUGUCAGUGUCUAACAAUGUGAUUUAGGGGAGACAGAAACCGCAGAGUAAUGUGUAUUGACACCAGUCACAAACACUAUUUACAGUCCACUUUUACAAAUUACAAACACACUGUGUGUGUGUUUCUGUGUUUCUGUGUGUGCGCGCGUGUGUGUGCUUGUGUUUGCGUGUGUGUGUGUGUUUGUGUGCAUUUUGGGAACAAUUUAAUCAGACAAAAUUCUCCCUUGACUGCAGCACUUAUUUUUUGUUAAAAUAAAUUAUAAAUAAAAGAAACAUUGUUUUUUAUUCUAUACGUGCUAUAUAUGUGUGUGUGUGUAUAUAUAUUUAUGCAUUGUUAAUUUCCAAUGUGAUUGUUGCACUUGCUUUUGGUUACAUUGAUAUGUAGAAAAAUUAAAUUAGGAAUUUAAUCUGAUUUAUGAAUUAAGAUUUGUCCAAACACAUUGAACAUUUUUGUUGACCAUUUAAAAAAUAUAUACAGCCCAUAUGCAUUGGCUUCGGACCUCCAAUGACCCUGAAGAGAAUAAACAGGUACUGAUAGUAAGUGGAUAGGACAAAAUGGCCCUGGCUUGGAAUAUAUAACUACAAGAUCAAUACUGUCAAUUGCAUUUUCACAUUUUUUCACUCAAAACAUUCAUGGUAUUUGGAAAAUGAUUAACAAGCCACGAAUACUUUUCCUGACACUCUUAGAUGGGUUUUUGCGGUAAAGUGAGUCAUCAUCAUACUUCCUAUAAUGGACUAUUGACAUGAUUUAAAUAAAAUCAUGCUGGUGUCAAGCAGUUAAAGGGGUCAAAUGGCGCAAAUACCUGUUUUUCUGUGUCUUUGGUGUGUUAUAAUUUGCCCAUGGAUGUAUUAGACAAGUAAAAUUGCUAAAAUGAAAGUGUAGGAACAAAAGAUGCAUCUAAAAGCGAAUGCUCACCCAGACCUGCCUGAAUCCCCACUUGUAACCACACCCUCAGGAAUCUACAUCAUUUCGUGGUAUGACUUGACUAAGACUGCCCAAAUGUAAACGCAUAAGGUGGAGGUUUUUGUAUAUCUCAUUGUAUCGUCGCCGCCUCAGCCAUGUCAUGGACACACUUUGUGUUUCAUUGCGAAAGAAAGCCUCUUUGUGUGUCCUUUCAGAGGUUUGAGGCAACUUAAAACGAAAGGUUACAUUUUAUUUACAAUACUGUUCCAGAACAGUACCAUCCGAAUAUUGAAGUGUGUCAAGAGCAUUUCACCUAUGAGAGCUUCAUGAACAUAGAAGAGAUCAAGGCCGGUGUGCACGAAAGCUUUUGUUAAAACGCGGGGCAAUUCCAACCAUUACAACUUCGCAAGGACAGUCUAGUGCUUCAG